CCCAGGAGAGAAGUGUGAACAACGACUAUACGAGAUUAAGAAAAAAAGAGUAUAAAUAACUACAGCUACAACAUACAAGAAGGAGAAACAAGAAGAGGUAACUUACACCCAAAAGGAAAAAAGUAACUGAAAUGGAGAUGCAGCGGAGUAGUGGAACAGCGGAAGUGGAGCUCCCGGGAUUCAGGUUCCAUCCGACGGAGGAGGAGCUCCUCGACUUCUACCUCCGCCGCGCCGUCAACGGGAAGAAGCUCCACUUCGACGUCAUCGCCACCGUCCAUCUCUACCGCUACAACCCCUGGGACCUCCCAAGUCUAGCAAAGAUAGGCGAGAGAGAGUGGUACUUCUACGUGCCGAGGGACCGGCGGCAGGCGAACGGGGGGCGGCCGAGCCGGACGACGGAGCGGGGCUUCUGGAAGGCCACCGGCUCUGACCGGCCCAUCCGCAGCGCCGCCGACCCCAAGCGCCUCAUCGGCCUCAAGAAGACCCUCGUCUACUACCAGGGCCGCGCGCCCCGCGGCACCAAGACCGACUGGGUCAUGAACGAGUACCGCCUCCCCGACGCUAAUGGCGCUGCCGCUUCUGCAGCAGCCCCUCCCCAAGAAGACAUAGUGCUGUGCAAGAUAUACCGGAAGGCGACGUCGCUGAAGGAGCUGGAGCAGAGGGCGGCGAUGGCGCCGGAGGCCCCGCAGAUCUCCGCUUCGCCCGCGAUGGACUCCGUUUCGUGCUCUGAUCAGGAGAGCUCCCAGAAAUGGACGCCGCCGCCGGUGGACGACAUCGUGAGCCCCCUCGAGUUCGAAACGAAGGAGGUGGGGGCAGCAGCCGACUACUGCGAAGAGGUGGAGGCGGAACCGACGCCGUCGACGAUCGAAUCCGCCGCUCAACCGGCCGACCGACUUGUCCGACCGACCGGCCUCGCCGAGCUCGAGGUUCCCAAGUAUAGCGGGUUGGAGUGGAUGCAGGAUCCGUUCCUGACGCAGCUACGUAGCCCGUGGAUGGAGCAGUGGUCUCCUUACUACGCUAGUGGUGUGCUCAAUUUUUGAGAUUUUUGAAAUUGAAAUUUAAGCGAGAGGAAUUAAUAAGGAGCCAUUCAUUUUUGGAUCAUAAAUAUUGGAUCACAUCGUGGUGGAGAUCAUGAAAAAAAAGAAAAAGAAAAAACAAUUUAUGCAUCUAUUUGUAUACGUAAAUUUAUUUUUACUACAUUGUUUUUAUGUACAGUUUGCUUUUGCUAAACCACUCUACUGUAAUGCAUUCGAUUUUAAGUAAACUUUUAAUUAGCUGAACUUAAGAGCCUAAUCUCAAUUUAGGGCUCAGUUGAUCUUAUUGUCCUUUUGUUUUAACUUUUUUAAUAUAAA